AUGCAUCUCCUGCCCUACUCAUUAGCCCUCUCUGUCCUCGCACUCGCACCCGAGUCUCUUGCUGCUCCCCAACCAGCACCCACAUCAUUAUCCCGCUCAAUACCCCUACUUCGACGAAAACCCGUGCGCAAUGGCUCAGAAUGGCUCAAGGCUCAGAAGGACUUGUUGGAAAUCAAGUAUGGUACCAAGUCCGGCCUGGAGAAGCGUGCAAGCGGUUUUAACCUCCUCACGAACCAGGGUGCAGAUUCGAGCUUCUAUGGCUCAAUAGCGGUCGGCACUCCCGCCGUCUCCUACGACGUCAUUCUUGAUACGGGGUCAUCCGACUUGUGGUUAGCCGCGGCAGACGGCGUGUCAUCAUCAAGCAAUGGAAUUCCUACUUUCAAUCCCAAUGCGUCGACAACAUUCAACAACUUGAAUACCGCAUUCUCUAUCAGCUAUGGCUCAGGUGCGGCUCGUGGGACGCUAGGACAGGAUGUCGUCCAGAUGGCCGGCUUCGAAGUCAGCGCACAGACAUUCGGUGUCGUUACCCAGAUAUCCUCGAACCUCUUGAGCUCGCCUGUCUCUGGGCUCAUGGGCCUCGGCUUCCAGAGCAUCGCGUCGUCAGGAGCGACUCCCUUCUGGGAAGCGCUCGUGAACAGCGGUGGCACUCUAGACGAGCCUCUCAUGGCAUUUCAGCUCACGCGUUUCGUCAAUGACACGAACGCGCAACAGCUCGAGCCUGGUGGAACCUUUAAUAUUGGUUCGACCAAUUCCUCCCUAUACACUGGGGACAUCGACUACCAAGAUAUCCCAAGCGGUCAAGAGGGUUACUGGAUACAAGAGCUUACUGGAUUGACUGUGAACGGCAACUCCGUGAACUUCACCUCGGGCUCCGCAUCCUACGCUGCCAUUGAUACCGGCACCACGCUCGUCGGAGGCCCAAAUGACGCCAUCGCCGCGCUCUACGCCCAGAUACCCGGCAGCCAGGCCCUCACAGGCGACAACGCCGGCUAUUAUACUUAUCCAUGCAGCACCGAUGUCACCGUGGCGCUGCGCUUCGGCUCGUCCUCGAUCUCCUGGCCCGUCUCCAACGCGGACUUCCUGCUCAUGCAGGUCUCCGAGUCCACCUGCGUCGGCGGCUUCUUCGCGCUCGACACCUCGGGCACCUCCGCGCCGCCCUGGAUCGUCGGCGACACCUUCCUCAAGAACGUGUACUCCGUCUUCCGCGCGGACCCCGCGUCCGUCGGCUUCGCCACGCUCUCGUCCACCGCGACCGCGAUGAACGGCGCCAGCGGCAGCGCCCCGUCCCCCACCGUCGGCAAGGCCGCCGCGACGGUCAGCGGGACG